AUUGGCCCCGGACGCGUUGAAUCCAAUUUCAAUAAACGCAACUCGAUACGCGUUACUUUCGAACAGUCGUGCGCCACUGCUGGAACAUGGAAUCUCAGAACAGUAUAAGAGGGAGAUGAUUGCGUUAGCACAACGAAAGAAUAUGUGUUAUACGGGUCAUUCUACGCUGCUAGUACCCUCUCGACUAUGGAAGGUGCCAAAAUCAGUUCGCGGACUAAUCGACACUGUAGAUAUAUGGUUGUUGACGUUGGAGAAACGUGGUUGUGCGAGUCUUUUGAAAGCUGGUGCAUCUGGAGUGGCCGAGGCAUUUGCUCUUAGUCUAUUUGCGUCGAAAUUUUCUGGUGAACAUCUGGAGGUGGACAUGGACCCGACUGAUCUGCACCGCGAGAUGACCAUC